GUGGAGCCCGCGUCGUCCCGGGGGUUGCCGGGAGUCGUAGUCCCGGCCCGCGGGGCCCGCCGGGAGCUGUAGUCCGCCCCGCCUGCCCCGUCAGCGCCGUGCGCCUAGCCGGGCACUCGGAUCCCAAGAGCCGCCGCCCAGGGGGAUGCGGGAGCCCCUGGUUCCGGGGAGCAAAGAGGCAGGCGGGCAGGAGCCAAGGACGGCAUGUCCCAGGCCCCGGCAGCGCCGCCCCCCAGCCCGCCCUCGGUGUACCACGAGCGGCAGCGCCUGGAGCUGUGCGCCGUGCACGCCCUCAACAACGUCCUCCAGCAGCGGCUGUUUAGCCAGGAGGCUGCCGACGAGAUCUGCAAGAGGUUGGCCCCAGACUCCAGACUGAACCCCCAUCGCAGCCUCCUGGGCACCGGCAACUAUGACGUCAAUGUGAUCAUGGCCGCUCUGCAGGGCCUGGGCCUCGCCGCCGUGUGGUGGGACAGGAGGAGGCCCCUGUCCCAGCUGGUGCUGCCGCAGGUGCUGGGGCUGAUUCUGAACCUGCCGUCGCCUGUGUCUCUGGGGCUGUUGUCCCUACCGCUGCGCCGACGCCACUGGGUGGCCCUGCGCCAGGUGGGGGGCAUCUACUACAAUCUGGACUCCAAGCUGCGGGCGCCAGAGGCCCUGGGGGACGAGAGCGGCGUCAGGGCCUUCCUGGCGGCGGCGCUGGCCCAGGGUCUGUGCGAGGUGCUGCUGGUGGUCACCAAGGACGUAGAAGAGCAGGGCUCCUGGCUGCAGGCCGGCUGAGCUGCCCCCCGCUCCCAGCCCCUCCUGGACC